AUGCCGAUCAAGCUUCCCAAGAGUUUUGCCCGACGAAAGUCGUCUGGCAACGUUCUCGAUGAGGUGGAACAGGCACCUGAGUCCUCGUUUCGGGUAUUCGAGCGUCCGAAUGGAUUGAACAAGGGCAAGACCUUUUCCAGUGGUGAGGGCCGAUACUACCGCCCAGAAACUGCGGAAUCAGAUAACAUAUUCUCUGGAAUCGAAAAGCCUCUUCCCCAUAAUAGAGCCAGUGGUGGAACCAACAAUUCGGCCUCCACUGGUCUCUAUGACAGCUCGUCUUCUGCUCGAUAUAGUUCAUCUUCAACCCUACCUUCGUCCACCGAUGUCCCUGUACAUAACGACCUUUCUCGAGGCGUUCAUGACCUCCCCAUACCACCAGUGCCAGAAUCUCCUUCCGUGUUUUCUUUGCGUGCCGCCGGCCGUACGUUCUCAUUCGGAACAAGACCGCGUACAUCUACACCCACAUCACAUCAACAAUCCCGCCAGCAGACGACUGUGUCUCCAUCGACCACCCGAGAUCGAGCAACGACCGCAAGCUCGGCCAGCACAGCCAUUCCUCCCAAGUUGUUGGAUUCAGAUCUGGCUAUAAGCGGGGCGGGUGAUGAGGAUGAUGGCUUCGGUAGCAUGUUUGAGAACUUUGGCAAGCGGAAAAGCGCCAUCUUGUUGGACUCUUCGAAAAUGGUAUUGUCACCUGCGCAGUCAACAAAUUGCCCGUCUCAUAUUAACGAUCUGCAGAGCGAUGUUCAAUUGAACGAUCGUCCAACCCCUAGUCGUAACGAACGAGGCGUUCCGUUAGCUCCUAUAAUCACAGAUAGGCGGCAAGCUGUUGAGCCGUCACCGUACUCGUGGGAUAGUCAGACGUCUGCUAAUGCCCUGAUGCACGAUGACAACGCCAAACAUGAAGGACGAACGGCAAUGCUGGCACCGUCGCAAUCCAUGACCUCCGCCAAGUCCGCAGCUCCAGAGUCACCCGAUAGCUACGAUUCUGAUGAUUCGCCUUCAUUCAUAGCCGACAACGAUGACGCCGAAAUUGUUCGCAAAUCUAUACUGCUGUCUACCCGAAGCCCGCAACCACCCGCCUCAACUAGUCCACAUCCUAAUACAAGCGAAGAAACCCCUCUUUUCGAGAGCGAUGAGAUCACGUCUAGCGCACAGCUAGCCUCGCAAUACGAAUAUCACGUUGCCUCGGCAUCUAACACGCAAAACAAGGUCAUGACGCCUGCUCAGUUCGAACGUUACCGUCAACAGAGAGAGAUGACUCGCAGACUCAGCGCUACAUCAAAGAGCGACAACUCAGAAACUGGAAAUGAUUAUGAAGACGACGAGGAAGAUGAAGACGAAGCGGAGAAGACCCGAGAAGCUGCACGACAACGCCGCAAGCAAGAGGCUCACCUGUCCGUUUACCGUCAGCAGAUGAUGAAAGUUAUUGGACAACAGGCUCCUCACCAAUCAACCGGCUCUCUAAGCGGCUCGCAAACACUGCGCCCAAUCUCCGAACACGGUAGUAUCAGCACGCCAAACUUGCUCUCACGCUCGUCGAUGCUCAUCUUACCCACAAUUUCACAGGAGGGCGGUAAGAGUGAUGGUGAGGAUGACGACGAUGUCCCUCUUGCAAUAUUGGCGGCACACGGAUUUCCCAACAAGAACCGACCGCCUACUCGGUUGAAUGCGUCGAGCUCUAAUCCCAAUCUUCGUGUAUCAUAUUCUGGAUCUCCUGGUCCUUCCUCGACCGAAAAUGCUUCGGAUCCUCGGGCUAGCUUACCUGUGUUUGCCCGUAACCUACCUCGAGAUCCCUACUUUGGAGCCGGUAUUGUAAAUGCUUCCCAUAGGGAAAGUUUGGCAAUGGGCGGUGGAGCGCCUGCUUUAGGAUCCUCGCCAUCUUCAACCUCGCUACCGCCCGGUGGUCUUGUGGGGGUCAUCGCAAACGAGGAACGAGCUCGAGCGAUGCGCAGAGGAAGUCCUAAUGCUCAAGCUCAAGCUCAAGCUGCAGGAAUUCCUCGUCCAUAUUCCGUUGCGAAUAUGGCCCAGAUGAACGCCUCAGGUCCUUGGAAUGGACCGACAGGUCUACCUCAAUAUCCGCAACCUCAAGUGAUGACACCAGGCGAACAGGCACAACUUCAGAUUUCGCAGCAAAUGACGGAGAUCAUGCAAGUGCAAGUACAAAUGAUGCAGCAGAUGAUGCAAAUGCAGGGCGUUUCGCCUGGACAACAACCACCACAGAUCAACCCUAACCUCCUACCGGCCCUCGGUCAACCUGUCAACACAGCUCACCGUCCGCAAUCAAUGGCAUCAUCCUUUCACCUACCCCCUAACCCACCCCAAAUUGAUCAGCGCACCUUGAGCAUGUUAGAUCCCAAUAUGUCCCGUUGGAACCUCAAUCGACCGGUCUCAAUCCACCCCGACGCAAUAGGACGUCCUAUGACACCGCAAGGCGGUCAUGGAUAUGCCCCAUCCAUAGCUCCUUCAGAGCGCAGCAAUGUUGGAAUGGCUUCUCGCUACCGACCAGUCUCCAUGGCUGGCCAAGAGCAACAAAUGCCUCGAUCAUCAACGUUUACAUCAUCAUCUCUCAAGCCUUGGAACAAUGAGAACCCACGACCAACCUCCGUCUCCCCUAGUCACUUGCAGCCUGGAGACCGUAAAUCAACCUCGUUGGCCACUGUGACCGUUCGAGCUGUUGGCAGUACCGGCAGAGAUUCUAUUUCUGGAAAACAGAAUGUCAAGAAUGCGGUUCCAGACGAAGAUGAGGAUGAAGCCUGGGCAGACCUUAUGAAAAAGCGCGAGAAGAAGAAAAGCAGCUGGAAGUUGAAAAAGGAAAACUCGGCUUUGGGCGAUCUUCUGCACAUGGUCCAUUAA